CGAGCUUUUAUCCAGCGCGUCGCCAUUCACCACCACUACAGGUGGGAUUCCACGCUCUGAGCCCAACAUGACUUCUCAGCAGGGCCCCUACCUCAUCAUUCCGGGCUCUUUGGCGUCCUCAGACUUUCGCCUUCAACAGCUAGCCAAGAACAUAGGAGCAGUUGAAGCUCGCGCCGUAUGGAUUCAUCUGGUCGACGCGAAACAGGCACUUCAAGAGGAAGAAAGACUCAAGUUGACCGACAUCCUGCGAUAUGGCGACUCCCCGUCGUCAGAAGAUAGGCUAUCUGCCACUUUGCUUGACGCCGUCCAUCGUCAAGCAGAACCCUUGGACCCGCAUACCGCCCUGUUUUACAUCGUCCCACGAAAGGGUACAAUUUCACCAUGGAGUUCGCAGGCCACGAACAUAUCCUAUGUAUGCGGCCUACGGAACAGCGUAAGAAGAAUUGAGCGUGGCUUGGUCAUCGCGGCCAGAUUCGAGACGGCUAUCGACAAGUCAGAAAUUCCUUCUAGAGAUACCUUGUACGAUCGCAUGACACAAGACAUAACCCGCGAACCUCCCAACCUCAACGACGUCUUCGCCGAAGGUAUUCCAGAGUCUGCAGAGCUGAUCCCCCUGACAGAUGCUACGGCUGCACAACAGGCAAAUCGGAGGCUAGGACUGGCUUUGGACGCCUCCGAAAUAGAAUACCUAGUCGACACAUAUGCUAACAAGCUCAAGAGAGAUGCUGUGGAUGUAGAACUAUUUAUGUUUGCUCAGGUGAACUCGGAGCACUGUAGGCACAAGCAGUUCAACGCCGAUUGGACCAUCGAUGGUAUGCGUAAACCACAUAGCUUGUUUAAGAUGAUCCGGAAUACACAUGAGAAGCAUCCUGGUUUCGUAGUAAGCGCAUACAGUGAUAAUGCUGCCGUCCUGCAGGGUGAGCAGGCGAGCUACUGGGCUCCGGACCACGCCAGCGGUGUAUGGACGUCCACGAAGGAGCAAGUUCACAUUCUUAUCAAGGUCGAGACACACAAUCAUCCCACAGCAGUAUCGCCUUAUCCCGGUGCGGCUACAGGCUCUGGUGGUGAAAUCAGAGACGAAGGUGCAGUCGGACGUGGAUCGAAGCCUAAGACGGGUCUCACAGGUUACAGCGUCUCGGACCUCCUGAUCCCUGGCUUUGUCCAGCCCUGGGAGCUUGACGUCGGCAAACCGUCGCAUAUUGCUAGCCCUCUGGACAUCAUGCUUGAGGCGCCUAUCGGAGCUGCUACCUUCAACAAUGAGUUUGGACGCCCUGCCACAAGUGGCUAUUGGCGCACGCUUACCACAGAGGCCCCUAUCGAUGACAAGACCACCGAGAUUCGCGGAUAUCACAAGCCCAUCAUGAUUGCUGGAGGUGUUGGUACAGUCAGACCCCAGUAUGCUGUCAAAGAAGAAGGGCUGGUAGGUCCUGGAGCGCAGAUCUUCGUCAUUGGAGGCCCGGCAAUGUUGAUCGGGCUUGGAGGUGGUGCUGCUUCUAGUAUCUCGUCAGGAGAAGGCUCUGCAGAGCUAGAUUUCGCCAGUGUGCAAAGAGGGAAUGCGGAGGUUCAAAGAAGAGCACAGGAGGUCAUCAAUACUUGCACGGCUAUGGCGACUAACAACCCUAUUCGACUGAUACAUGACGUUGGUGCUGGUGGCCUGUCGAAUGCCUUGCCAGAGCUUGUUCAUGACGCCGGGCUUGGAGCUAAGUUCGAAUUGCGUGAGGUUGACAACACAGAUAAGGGUAUGAGCCCCAUGGAGAUAUGGUGUUGCGAGGCCCAGGAGAGAUAUGUCUUAGCGGUCGCCCCCGGGAGAGUUGCGGAGUUCGAGAGAAUAUGCAAGCGCGAAAGGUGCGGAUACUCCAAGGUUGGUACCGCGACCGGUAGUGAAUCCGAUGAGGGGAAGCAACUCAUCCUGAUGGAUCGAGACUCCAAGGAUCAUCCGACACCGAUCGAUCUACCAAUGUCUAUCCUUUUCGGCAAGCCACCAAAGAUGUCACGGAUAGUAGAGUCACGGAAACUACGCCUACCAAAGUUCGACUCGAGCCUAUCGACAUACCUUCCAAGCCACCCAAAUGAUAAGCUGCUAGACGAGGCCAUAGAAAGGGUCCUGGCUCUCCCUGCUGUUGGAUCAAAGUCUUUCCUCAUCACCAUUGGCGAUCGGACGGUUGGUGGUCUGACUGUCCGAGAUCAAAUGGUUGGUCCCUACCAGACACCGGUUGCAGAUGUAUCCGUCACAGCGACAUCACUACAAGGGGGUAUCAAGACUGGAGAGGCCAUGUGUAUGGGCGAAAAACCUCUCCAUGCUUUGAUAUCACCGGCAGCAUCGGCACGCAUGGCAGUCGUGGAAUCACUCAUGAAUCUGGCUGCAGCAAGUACAUUCAACCGCCUCGAGCGUGUGCGACUUUCCGCAAAUUGGAUGGCAGCCAGUAGUCAUCCAGGAGAGGGAGCCAAUCUCUAUGAAGCUGUCGAAGCCAUUGGUAUGGAUCUUUGCCCUAGGCUUGGGAUUAGCAUUCCCGUGGGGAAAGACUCGAUGUCGAUGAAAAUGAAAUGGUCAGAUCAGUCUUCGAAGGAACCCAAAGAAGUUACAGCACCUCUUUCGCUCGUAAUUUCUGCUUUCGCUCCCGUCAAUAGGAUCGACUGGACUUGGACCCCAGCACUCCGCAGAAUCGAAGAUGUUGGAGAGACUGUUAUCAUGUUUGUCGAUCUCGCCCAAGGCAUGAAAUCAAUGGGAGCUUCUGCUCUAGCACAGGUUUUCGGUCAAAUCGGGGACGAGUGCCCCGAUGUCAGGGAUGUGGAUUUGAUCAAGGAUUACUAUGAUGCUAUCGAGCAACUUCAUGAGGAGGAAAUCGUGCUCGCCUAUCAUGAUCGAUCAGAAGGUGGGCUGUUCACUACGCUUGUGGAAAUGAUGUUUGCUGGCCGAUGCGGACUCGAGAUAUCCCUUGAGAACAUAUGUCCUACAAAAGAUGUCCCCUCUCUGUUGGAAGCACUUUUCAAUGAAGAGCUGGGUGCUGUGUUCCAGAUAAGGAAGAAGGAUGAGAUCCGGUUCAACAAGUGCUUUGCUACAUGUGGCCCUCCCCCUGGGCUGAUCAAGAAGAUUGGACGUAUCCCAGCAACCUCGAAACAAGAGUUGUCGUUGCGUCAUGGCAUGGAUCUCAUAUAUAGGGGAAGCAGGAGCAAGCUUCAGCAGCGCUGGUCCGCAACAUCCUACCACAUGCAGCGAUUACGCGACAACCCUGCAUGUGCCGAGAGUGAAUAUGCCAGCAUCUUAGAAGACGCAAACCCCGGCCUAAGCUUCAAUCUCACAUACAAUCCCCAAGAAUCCAUCCUACCCCUAAAAACCUCCAUCACAUCAGUCAUCUCCACGAAACCCCGCGUCGCCAUUCUCCGCGAAGAAGGUGUCAACGGCCAAGCUGAAAUGGCCUUUGCCUUCGCCAGCGCCGGCUUCUCCCCCAUCGAUGUACACAUGACCGACAUCAUCAACGGACGGGUUUCUCUCGCCUCGUUCGUCGGCCUCGCUGCUUGUGGCGGCUUCUCCUACGGCGACGUGCUCGGCGCCGGCCAGGGCUGGGCGAAGUCAGUCCUCUACAAUGCCGACACACGUCGCGAAUUCAUAGACUACUUCGAACGCAAAGACACAUUUACCCUCGGUGUCUGUAAUGGCUGUCAGUUCUUGUCCCGCCUGAAGGAACUUAUCCCGGGCGCUGAUAGCUGGCCCACAUUCGAGCGUAAUGUGUCUGAGCAGUACGAAGCGCGCGUGUGUAUGGUCGAGGUCAUGGAUCCCCCGCGCGCUGCUACAGACGGAUACCCCAUCCAGCCAUCCGCCUUCUUACAUGGCAUGCAUGGCUCCAGCAUUCCGAUUGCCGUCGCGCACGGCGAAGGCCGCGCCACGUUUCCUGCUGAUGUCGCGUCUAGCGUCACGCCCCAGGCACUGUACGAGCGUGGGCUUGUGUCGAUGCGGUACGUCGACAAUCACCUCAAUCAGACGGAGGAGUAUCCGGCGAAUCCUAAUGGUAGCCCGUUGGGUAUCACGGGUGUGAGGACGCCGGACGGGAAAGUCCUGGCUAUGAUGCCGCAUCCGGAACGGACUGUGCUUAAAGAGGUGGCUAGCUACUACCCCGAGGAACAGGCCAAGGAGUGGGGUGAGUAUGGGCCUUGGAUCCGGCUCUUCAAAAGUGCGAGAAGGUGGGUAGGCUGAAAGAGGUGGUAUGGGUGUCUUCGGUGCUGGCGAAGGACUGAAAGUCGCAUUUCCAGCAGCGAGAUUUCUUAUGUUUCUGCAUGUAAGGAAAGGCGAGUUCGAGAUAUCAAUUUAUGGGUCCAGGCAUCUAGGCAAACCGAAUAGACGGCUAAAAAAAUCCAGUAUCAUAGACUUGUAGCAUAUUAGCUUUUAUAGACAUAUCGUAUCGUGGCGGUACGUUCGAACAUAUCG